GCUUUAUCAAUUUGUUGACUGUGGUCCCAAACAGUUCUCUGAUCCAAGCCCCUAGUUCACAAUGGAAGCCCUGAUUUCUCUCAAACCUGCGAUGCCAAAUUGGAAGUCGUUGACGACGGUGCCGGCGCCGGAGCCGAAUCGGUCCUCGACGUCUCCUGCCAAAGCCUGGACUUUCCGAUCGGUGAGAACUCCGGUGCGUACAAUUUACUGCCUAAAUCCAUCGCCGGACUAAAAGGCUUGAAGACGCUGAGGUUUUUCAGCAACGAGAUCAAGCUGUUCUCGUCGCCAGAGAUCGGCGGCUUCGUAAGGCUAGAAUGCGUGAGGAUCUCGUCGCCGGAGUUCGACGGUUUGCCGCUGCACAAAUUCAAAAGGAUGAAGGAGCUUGAGCUCUCCAUGGUGACAUCUCGGUGCUCGGCGGUUCCGAUUUUGAGCGAGAUCGCCGGACUCAAGCUCCUCCGCACAAAGCUACCGGUAUGUUAUUUCUCUGUAACUUUUUUUCCUCCGAAAAUUUGCUGCUUAAAGAGUUUGGAACAUCUGGAUCUUUCCUUCAACGAGACGAUGAAUUCGGCGGUAGAGAUUGGUAACUUGAAUUGGAGGAAUUGCCUGAGGGUUUGUCCAGAUUAGCUGGGUUGGGGAACUUGGACUUGUUGCAUAAUAGGCUGACGUCAUUGGGGAACUUUUUUUUUUUUUUUUUGAGAAUGUCAUUGGGGAACUUGGACUUGUUGCAUAAUCAGGAAAUAUAGAUGUUAUCGAUUCUGGUUUCCAAUCUCUUUCAUCACCUUCAUCUACUGCAGUAGAGUUAACAGAGGAACACAUUUCCAAGCUUCCGAUUCUUUUUAAUGCAAAUUGGAUUAAAAAAAAAACAAAUAUCAGUUCAACUAAUUUGUUUCUUUUUGCAAUUUUGUGGAAAAAAAAAAAAAAAAGUUUUAGAGAAUCUCUAAGAUAGUAUUAACCUUACUCAAUGAGGAAAUAUAUCUCUAAUUGAAUACAAAUUAUUCAUAUAAUCCUAAUUAAUAACGGUUAGGUUUACAAAUCAUUUAACAUUUUUCCUUAUGUUUUUUUUUUUUAUAAAUACCUACUGCAUGGAGAUCUCAUCUGGAAUUCGCCAAAGAUCGAUCUAUCUGUUGUUCGACUCCAAAUUAAAUGAUGUCUUCUAGUGAAAGAGCAGUGCACUCGGAGUGCAAGAAUUCGUCCAAUCUCGACCAUGAAUGCAGUGAAUAUUGCUUCAAAGCUAUUUUAGAAGCCAGAGAUGGGAUGGAUCUAAAUGAUGUAAAUCAACUGCUGGAUUCUGUACAAGAUAAUAGUGGCAACUCAAACUUAGAGGCUGCUCCUCAGCGACAGAAAGAAGAUGCUGAUAAUGGUGUUGACCACACAAAGUUGACAGGGAGGAAGAAAAAAUUGAAGGAAUUGCAGAAGAAGGUGAAAGAGGCUAUAGAUAAGAAUCAAACACAGGUUAAAGCCGAACAGAAAAGAAUGGAGCCUCCAGAAGAACCGUCGAGGGGGAUUUCGAAACAAAAAUGGCUUGAAGAGAGGGAGAGAAAGAUGGGGAAACUCUUGGAUGCAAAUGGUUUGGAUUUGAAAAGAGCAUACAUGCUAGAUACACAAGAGAUGGCCGAGGCAAAAUACAAGAGAUGGAAAAAGAAACCUGCACCAUGUGGCUGGGAUGUUUUUAAUUCGAAAACAUUGUACAAUGCACACAAAAAACGAACAAACAAGAUCGAAGUUGACAUGGAAGAAUACAAUAAGAUGAAACAGGAAGGAGCUUUUAGCUGCCUCGAAAAUGGAAAGACUCCGAAGGUCUCGGAGGAGAAAGUUGACAAGAUGUUGCAGGAGCUCAAGGAACUUGAAGAGAAGAAAAAGAAAUUUAGCAGGAGGAGGAGGUUCCAUGAGGACAAGGAUAUUGACUCGAUCAAUGACCGCAAUGAGCAUUUCAACAAGAUUGAGAGAGCCUUUGGUAUGAACCGAAGUUUUAAAGGAGUGGCAGCCGAGCUAUCAAAACAUCAGAAUUGAUUCUUGGAAAGAUUUGUUUGCUUCAAAGUUUUAGAAAAAUAUAUAACAUGCCCCUCCACUACUGAAAGCAAAUUAAAACGACCCCAUUCAGACAUAAUAAAUAGCUUCAGACCCUCUUUUUGAAAACUUCUCCUCCACUCACACACUCUCUUCCUCUCUGCACCAACCCUUUCUUAACAGUACGCGACAGCACAAGAAUCACGUUGAUUUUU